AAACGGUUGAACUGACUUCAUAUGGUCUUGGUCAGAGAAGCCGCCGCUAAAGAGCUUCCGUUUCUAGAUUACUCCGAUGGAGAAGCUGCGGAAGGUAGUGAAGGAGAUCGCCUACACGAGAGACCACACUAACUCCCCUGCACUUCACCGCUCACUUGUUCCCUUUCUCAUUUUCGCUUCUUCCCUCUACGGAGUCGCCCUCCAUAUCCGCCGCUCUCUUUACCGCUCCUCCUUCUUCCAUCAACACCGAUUGCCGGUUCCGGUGAUCAGCGUAGGGAAUCUGAGCUGGGGAGGUAAUGGGAAGACGCCAAUGGUUGAGUACAUCACGCAGCUGCUCCUCGAUUCUGGCAUCUCUCCGCUUAUUCUCACUCGUGGUUAUGCUGGUGGUGAUGAAGCCAAAAUGCUUGAAAGACAUCUCCAAGGUGGGCCCACAAAGAUCGGUGUUGGACCAAACAGGGCAGCUACUGCUGCCUCGUGUUUUGAAAAGUAUGGCUGCGCAAACCCAUCUAGCAUCAGGACAUUCUUUGAUCGCUCCUUACUCCAUGAAACAGCCAAAGUCGAGACCUUUUCUCAAGAAAUUGGGGCUGUCGUUCUAGAUGAUGGGAUGCAGCAUUGGAGUUUGUGUCGUGACCUCGAGAUUGUGAUGCUUAAUGGGCUGAAUCCGUGGGGAAAUGGUAACUUAGUUCCCCUUGGACCUUUACGGGAGCCUCUUCCAGCGCUUGACCGGGCAGAUAUAGCUGUAGUACACCACGUGGACUUGAUACCUGAACAAAGCCUCAGAGAUAUUGAGAAGACGAUACAUGGAUUCAAAAACUCCAUCCCGGUUUUCUGCUCCAAGAUGGUGCCUAAAUACUUGGUCGAUGUUAAAAAUGAUAGGUCACAUGUAGCUUUAGAAGCAUUGCACGAUGCAACUGUGCUAUGUGUUUCCGCUAUUGGAUCCGCUGACGCAUUUGUCAAGAACAUUGAGAUGGUUGGAGCACGUUUUGUUGAUAGACUUGAUUUCAGUGAUCAUUAUUUAUUUGAAGCACAGGAUGUUGAAACUAUGAGGAGGAGAGCAAAGGGUCUAGAGAACAGAUCUGAUUACAAGCCUAUUAUCGUGGUGACCGAAAAGGAUUAUAACAGGGACCCGGAGAUUCUCAAAAGUCUGGACCCAUACACAGUUUUGGUUCUGUGUUCCAUGUUGCAAAUAACUCCUUGUAGAGACACUAAUGUGGAUGACUUUAAAUCUACACUUUGUAAAAUAAUAGCGGCUAAGUUUUGUAUUUCUAAUUAGAUUCAGUGUUAACUUACUGCAUUCCUUUGUUAUAACACUAUUCUUU